AUGGACAAAUCAGAAUUAUUUAUAAUUUUAGUACAAGGAAGGAUGAGACUAUCUCGGUGGUACUCUACCUAUACACAAAAAGAAAAAGAUAGAUAUCUUCGAGAGAUCACUGGACAGGUACUAAGAAGACGUGAAAAGGAUUGUAAUUUUAUCAUAUGGAGAGAAUACACCGUCGUAUAUAAACGUUAUGCUUCUCUCUUUUUUGCUAUGAUUGUUGAUAACAAAGACAAUGAACUCAUUACAUUGGAAGUUAUACAUAAACUUGUUGUCAUAUUAGAUCAAGCAUUUGAAAAUGUUUGCGAAUUGGAUUUGAUUUAUGGUUUUGAAAAGGUAUAUUUAAUGAUGAAUAAUGUUACCAAUAUGGCAUAUUUAUUAUUGGAUGAAUUUUUAAUUGGAGGAGAAAUGCAGGAAACUAGUUCAAAGAUUGUUUUGAAUUCAAUUAUAGAAGGUGAAAGUUAUGAUCGAUAUUUAUUACUAAACCAGGCAUUAGAACAAAGUCUAUAA